AUGUCCGUCUUCAAUAGCUCAUCCUUAUAUCCUCGCUUCCUCUUGUCAGGCUUCUCUGGCCUUGAAAGCAAAUAUGGCUUGAUUUCCCUUCCUAUCUUCUUGAUUUAUGUCAUAUCAAUUACAGGAAACAGUACAAUACUCUUUAUAAUCAAAACAGAGCCUUCUCUUCACCAACCAAUGUAUUACUUUUUAUCAAUGCUGGCGCUAACUGACCUGGGUCUAUCCACUACAACUUUGCCUACUAUGUUCAGUGUCUUUUGGUUUCAUGCCAGGGAGAUCUCCUUUGAUGCUUGUCUGGUCCAGAUGUACUUCAUCCAUGUUUUCUCAAUUAUUGAAUCAGCUGUACUGUUGGCCAUGGCCUUUGACCGCUUUGUUGCAAUCCGAGAGCCCCUGCGCUAUGCAACCAUUCUAACUAAUGGUGUAAUCAUUGGCAUUGGUUUGGCUAUUGCUGGGAGAGCCUUAACUCUGGUCUUUCCAGCUUCUUUCCUUUUAAAGAGACUCAAAUAUAGACCCAUAAAUAUACUUUCCUACCCUUUCUGUCUGCAUCAGGACCUCAUAAAGACAACUGUAUCCAACCGCAAGGUCAGCAGCAUCUAUGGACUGAUGGUAGUUGUCUUCUCUAUGGGGCUUGAUUCAGUGCUCCUUCUUCUUUCCUAUAUUCUCAUCCUUGCCACCGUGUUGAGUAUAGCAUCCAAGACAGAGAGGGUAAGAGCACUUAAUACUUGUAUCUCCCACAUCUGUGCUGUACUUACCUUCUACACACCAAUGAUUGGUCUAUCCAUGAUUCGUCGUUAUGGGCAGAAUGCUUCUCCAAUUGUGCAUGUGCUCAUGGCCAAUGUCUACUUGCUAGUUCCACCUUUCAUGAAUCCCAUUGUCUAUAGUGUCAAAACUAAGCAGAUCCGUGAUAGAAUCCUCAAGAAAUUCAAGAAACAAAAACUUUAG